UUCAGAGAGCUGCUAGACAUCUUAAACAAAGAGAAUUUGACAGAUGAUGAAAUUUCAGCAUUUGAAACCAAGGUAAGAUAACACAAUACACAUAAAAACAUAAGACUGAUCAUAUGUUAAUAUCAUUAUAGUAACAAGGUUUUUCAUAAAUAUGUAACAAAAAAAUUUGCUUACUCUUGUAGGCACAGAGUUGGGGAAAACAGAUGGUGAAGAUGUCUGGCACUGGUCCUGGGUAUUCUCAGACCAUAAUCAUCACCCCAUAUAUGCACAGCUUCGUGUACCAUGUCCCAGUAAUGCUGCAUAACCAUGGAAGCCUUAAAAUGUUUAGUGGCCAAGGUAUGUAUCUUCACUUUAUUUUAUAGACCCAUUGUAACAAUACUCAAGAAAAAUUUAUUAUUUGGCAUCGUUGGAAGUUGUAAGAAGCCAAACCUGCAAUUAAGAAAAGUAGCAUGACAUUUAAUAACAGGUGUUGAGAAGAAGAAUGAUGAUUUGCGGUGCUAUUUCCACCGUAAAAUCAACAGAUGGGAUGCUGCAACAAACCUGCUGCUGGUGGAGAAAAGGCAAGAGGAGCUAAGAGAGGAAGAAAGAGCUAAACAGCCAUAUGAAAAGAGG